AAUUCCCGUCCCAAAUAGGCUUAGCCGAGCCUGCAGCUAGUGGAUCCGGGAUAUCUUCAACUUCAAAAAAGUUACCAGGGAAACAGAACGACAAUGCGUCCCCCAACCAUGAUCCUCCGAAACGUCGCCAUACGGCACGGCCGCAAAGCCCUCUCCUCCCCCCUCCGCAAAUGCUGCCUCCGAACCCUCACCACCGAAGCCCUCCAACAAGAAACCUCCGCCAUAGAAAACAGCAUCACCAACCACACCAAAGAAACACACUCCAUCGAAGCCAACAUCAACCAACUCCACAUCACGAAAUCCUUCAUCUCCCCCGCCUCCACCACCGGCUUAGGGAAACGCACCAACCGCCAGGUCGCCCGCGACCACAAGCUCCAGCGACACAUCAAGAAGACCACCUCGCGCGUUGGCGGCCUGGUUGCACCACACUACGAGCCUCACGAAGUUCUCACCAAGCCUCCCAAGCCGGAAGAUGUGACGUUGGAGCUCCUCAUGGCUAGUCAGGCGCAUCUGGGACAUGCUACAAGUCUGUGGAAUCCUAUGAACCAGAGAUAUAUUUUCGGAAUCAGACAGGGCGUGCAUAUCAUUUCUCUCGAGACCACAGCCGCGCAUCUCCGCCGCGCGGCAAAAGUUGUAGAAGGUGUCGCGUACCACGGCGGCCUGAUCCUCUUCGUUGGAACACGGCCAGGCCAAGGACCAGUAAUUGUGAACGCAGCGAGGAUGGCGAAGGGGUGUCAUUUAUUCGAGAAGUGGAUUCCCGGGAGCAUUACGAACGGCGACCAGAUCCUUGCGAAGUGUGGGAUUAAGGCGGUGGAUGUGCUGGAUGAGCCGAUUGAGGGGUUCGAGGAUAAGAUUGCGGAGUGGAAGGCGUUGAAGCCGGAUUUGGUGGUGUGUUUGAAUCCGCUGGAGAAUUAUAUUCUGCUGCAUGAGUGUGGAUUGAAUAAUAUUCCGACGAUUGGGGUUAUUGAUACGGAUGCUGAUCCCACUUGGGUUACGUAUCCGAUUCCGGCGAAUGACGAUAGGUUUGUUGCUCUGUUCUUCUCAUCACCUACCCAUACUUCUUCUAUGUACUGGUUUCAAGACACUUGACUAAUGGCUCUCUCUAACAGUUUACGCUGCACACAAGUCAUCGCCGGAGUCCUCGGCCGCGCAGGUGAAGAAGGCCAAAGGAAACGUCUCGAGGCAGCCAGAACAGGCGAAAUCACAUGGCUACCACCGCCAGGACUCGGUAGUCCGUUUACAGAGGAGGACGAGAGGAAGCAAGAGGAGGCGAGGGUUGCUGAGGCGGAAGCUAUGAAGCGUGCUGCUGCGCAGAGUCUGCAGGAGCGGUCACAUGAGUUGUAAAAUAUACCUUAGACGUGUUUGCUGGUGGACAAAUGGGCUUGUAUAGAUAGGUAUGUAUGUACUAUGAAUGCAUAGCAUGGAUGGGAGAUUAUGGUUUGUUACACAUAUCCUUUUCCCCAAGAGUUGGGGAUGAGUUAAUUUCGGCGCGGUCAGUAUCCUUCUCCUGCUCCAUAAAUCAG